CUUCAUAUCAUUCUACGGCUGUUGAUGUCCAGUUUCUAGUCUUAGCCAUCCCAUAUACUUGUCUGUAACCAUCCUCGUACACCAUCCUAUCAAUCUGGCGUCCAUAGCUUCGACUCCUCCGCCCACCCAAAGGCUCGAAGAAGACCUCAUUAAUCGUUCGCUUCUCGAUUCCCUCGAAGCCCAAGGAGACGCAGAACCCAUUCAUUUCUCUCCUCCCCAGCCUGUUAUGUCUCAGUCAAACUCCAACUCAGGUUCUGGAGCACCAUCUCCCGAAGCGCAGUUUCAUAUCCCAAGUAUGGAUAGGUCUGAUUCCCCCAACAAUAUCGAUUUCAAUCCCAACCACAAUGAGAAUGAUCGCAUCCUCCGCACUUCCCUUCUUCAGCAACACAUCGAUGAUAACCAUCACCGAAAUUCGGAGUCGUUGUUCUCUCACGGCGGAGUUCAAUCCAUGUAUAACACAUCCCAUAAUUUCCAUCUCAUUCCGGAGUACCUUUCAGACGAUAUCUCCCUCAAACAGAGCCUCGCAGGGAGUAAGUCUCAAAACGACUUCGGCGCUGGGUCGUUCAGGUCGUCCUUGAGCGCUUAUAACGGGAUCAGUGGUGGCAAUACUUCCAGCACUGGUGCCACCGGUUCAUACCGCCUCCGUCAAUCAGAUGGUCUCCCCUCGCAACAGUUUUCAAAUGCGAACGAGAUGUUUGCGUCUCAUCAGCCUCUACAACACCAGCUCUCUCAUCAAUCUCAGCAGGGCUCUUCCAGGUCUGCCGCAUUCGAGUCACACACAGGGUUUGACUUCGGAGCCAACUCUCCGCUGGGAGGUAGCAAGGUCUCUCAACAAUUUUCCUCCUUGGACCCGUUCCUCCAAGCGCAUUCUUCUAAGGGCCAACACCAAUCACAAGUCCACGACUCUUAUCAUCCACUGUCGCACAGUAACUCUGCUUCUCAGAUACCUUACCUGAAUGGUAUGCACCUUCAGAGCCAGACGCCUUAUGGCCCCCACUUGCAGUCUAACGGUGGGAAUGCAGGAGCUUCGACAAACAAUGCAAGGCCCAUGGCUAGCGCUGGGCAGAUCAAUUUGAGUCUCGAGUCGCAGAGUGUUAAUAAUGGACUGCCAGAAGAGAUCUCGACCAUUUUUGUUGUUGGAUUUCCUGAUGAUAUGCAGGAGCGUGAGUUCCAGAAUAUGUUCACGUUUUCCUCUGGCUUUGAAGCCGCUACUCUCAAGAUACCAAACAAGGAGUAUACUGCAUACGGGUCGGUCGGUGGGACAACAUCGACCACUCCAUCUGGUCUCCCUCUCCGUGGAGGUGCCUAUGCCGGUUAUCUGGGUGCCGGCUCUAAUGACCCAUACAACGUCGUCACCGUCAAUCAAGGAGGGGUCUUGAUUGACAACGGUCGAGACGGCCCAACGACCUCGUGGCCGCCCCUCGCCAUGCCGCUAGAUGAGCCUUCGCACUUCCAAGUAGGACAAGGGCUAGGUGGCCAGCCACCCCGAAAGCAGAUCAUAGGCUUCGCCAAGUUCCGCAGCCGUCAGGAGGCGCUCGAGGCAAGAGACCUGCUUCAGGGCCGCCGCGUUGACAUUGAGAAAGGUGCCAUCCUAAAGGCCGAGAUGGCGAAGAAGAACUUGCACACCAAGCGAGGCGUCGGCAUGGGCGCCACGACGUCUGGAAGUGGUGGGAGUGUUUCUCUUGGUAGUGGCAUGGGGAACAUCGGAGGUUUGAGUGGAAGCGGAGGCAUGGGAUCGCUUAACGGUCUCGCAAGCAAUGCCGAUCUUAUCGCCAAUCUCGCCGGCCUGGGCCUCAACAGCAAUCUCAAUUUGAACAAUCUUGCUGCGCUUACCGGCAACAACUCUGAUCUCCUCUCCGCGCGCGAGAGGGAGCUAAACGCAGUGGGUCUUGGUGGCUCUGGCUGGCGCGAGGGGAGACUUGGGGACAGCAGUGAGGAUGAGCGGGAGAGUAACGUCCGUGACAGGCGCAGGGAGGCACUUGGCCUUGGGCUCGGUUUGAUGCGUGGUGCUCGUGAACGCGCUCAGGCUGAUGAAGAAGACAGGGUCAGGCGUAGCAAGGACCUGAAGCAGUUCCAGACUGACGCUCCUCGAAUGUUGCCUGGAAAUACCGCUUUCGACGCUUUCCAUGCGGUUUCAGCCCCUUCCCGUCAUUCACAAAGCGGUCUACUUUCCCCUGCAGGUGGGUCGAUGUCCCUCUCUGGCCUAACGGAGGGCGGAAGUAAUGGUCCAAGCCCACUCAUGGGAAAUGGAUAUGGCAACAUCAUCGCUCAGACUGGCCGGGAUGCAACCAGCAAUAUGGCUCCUGACCACAACAAUCACCGCGAGUCUCGAAGUAUCGGACCUUGGGAUCCGCCUUCUUCGCGUGAGCGGGAGGGAUCCGGCAUUCCCCAGACCCUCUCAUCUCUUUAUGCAGCUCGGAAGUCUAUGAUACCCGUUCGACCUCCGUCUCCUCAACAAGAGUCUCCUCCUUCCAACCCAGCCUUCUCACCGACGGAUGACGAUGAUAUGAUGCUUCCACCGCACCGUUCUGGGGCUUUUCGCUCGCUUUACCCCCUAUCCUCUCAGGUGGACAAGUCUUUACACCUGCAGACGCAGCCUCAGUCGAUGUUACCUGGCAGCGCUACUUCGAGUUCCGUCGGAGGGUUUGAAGGUGACAGGCCGGUCCUCCUCGCAGUCAGCACUAGUGCACAACCGAGUUCGGGGAGUGCUGGUAUCGGCUCACCUCAGCUUCCAUCACCUGCUGCUUCGCAGUCGGGAUCAGCAAGCUCAUCUGCUGGAAUGAAUGGAGGUGGCAGUGCAACCAGUGCCGGGAACGUUGCCGGCGCAGGCCCGAGGAAUGUCGUUGUCGACCAGAACCCGCCUAUCAAUACAUUGUACGUGGGCAACCUUCCGACAGGGUCCGUCGGCAGUGGAUACCCUGCAGGGUUUCUGGAGGAUAGCCUAAGGGAACUUUUCUCUCGUCGCCCAGGGUAUAGGAAGUUAUGCUUUAGGCAGAAGAGUAACGGCCCGAUGUGCUUCGUUGAGUUCGACGAUGUACAUUACGCCACAAAAGCUCUCAACGAACUGUACGGUAAUACUCUCGGCGGCAUCGUAAAGAAUGGUGGUAUCCGCCUAUCAUACAGCAAGAACCCAUUGGGUGUACGCACACCAACCAGUGCUGGCACCGGUACAUCCUUGCUUCAACAACAGCAAGGUAACACUCACUCUGGUGUUGCAUCCCCCUUCCCCUCUGAGUCAUACCAAGCUCGUCACCCCUUCGAUGUCGACACGUCCUUGGGGAUGAGGCGCGAAAGCUCAACUGCAACAUCCCUAUCCGGGGCAUAUGGCUACUCGAGAUCACCGCCCCCUCCACGGUUCUUUUCCCCACCUCCGUCAUCCACGAACUUCAGUAUGGCGCCGACGGCAUCCACUGGCAGUGCGGCCGCCUUCCCUCGUGGCUCGCAAGCCUUUGGGCUGCCUUCACCGAAUGGUGCACCUUCGACCUUCUCGCCAUUCGGUCUGCCACUCUCGUCACCUCGUUCGCGCGCGAAUGGUCUCCCCCCAUCGCAUUCCUUGAUACCCGAUCAGAGCUCAGAAGGCUACCUGACCCAUGAUCACCCUCAGCAUUUCCCGCAUCGCGCUUUGUCGCCAUCGACCACACUAGAGGCCGCUAGGGCCGGUUAAAGGGAUGAACUUAAAUUCCCUCCUAUUCUCACUGUCCGCAUGCA